GGGAUGCUGUCCCAUGUUGUCUCUACAAGGUGUCGAAAGCGUUCCACAGGGAUGCUGGUCCAUGUUGACUCUACAAGGUGUCUAAAGCGUUCCACAGGGAUGCUGGUCCAUGUUGACUCUACAAGGUGUCCAAAGCGUUCCACAGGGAUGCUGGCCCAUGUUGACUCUACAAGGUGUCUAAAGCGUUCCACAGGGAUGCUGGCCCCAUGUUGACUCUACAAGGUGUCUAAAGCGUUCCACAGGGAUGCUGGCCCCAUGUUGACUCUACAAGGUGUUGAAAGCGUUCCACAGGGAUGCUGGCCCCAUGUUGACUCUACAAGGUGUCCAAAGCGUUCCACAGGGAUGCUGGUCCAUGUUGUCUCCAAUGCUUCCCACAGCUGUCAAGUUGGCUGGAUGUCCUUUGGGUGGUGGACCAUUCUUGAUACACACAGGAAACUGUUGAGUGUGAAAAACCCAGGAGAGUUGCAGUUCUUGACACAAACAGGUGCUACUGAACAAACACGUCGCUACAUUGGAUCCCUGUUAUUGUACACAUGGCUACAUUGGAUCCCUGUUAUUGUACACAUGGCUACAUAGGAUCCCUGUUAUUGUACACAUGGCUACAUUGGAUCCCUGUUAUUGUACACAUGGCUACAUUGGAUCCCUGUUAUUGUACACAUGGCUCCAUUGGAUCCCUGUUAUUGUACACAUGGCUAUAUUGGAUCUCUGUUAUUGUACACAUGGCUAUAUUGGAUCCCUGUUAUUGUACACAUGGCUAUAUUGGAUCUCUGUUAUUGUACACAUGGCUAUAUUGGAUCCCUGUUAUUGUACACAUGGCUAUAUUGGAUCUCUGUUAUUGUACACAUGGCUAUAUUGGAUCUCUGUUAUUGUACACAUGGCUACAUUGGAUCCCUGUUAUUGUACACAUGGCUCCAUUGGAUCUCUGUUAUUGUACACAUGGCUAUAUUGGAUCUCUGUUAUUGUACACAUGGCUCCAUUGGAUCCCUGUUAUUGUACACAUGGCUAUAUUGGAUCCCUGUUAUUGUACACAUGGCUAUAUUGGAUCCCUGUUAUUGUACACAUGGCUAUAUUGGAUCUCUGUUAUUGUACACAUGGCUAUAUUGGAUCCCUGUUAUUGUACACAUGGCUAUAUUGGAUCCCUGUUAUUGUACACAUGGCUAUAUUGGAUCUCUGUUAUUGUACACAUGGCUAUAUUGGAUCCCUGUUAUUGUACACAUGGCUAUAUUGGAUCUCUGUUAUUGUACACAUGGCUACAUUGGAUCCCUGUUAUUGUACACAUGGCUACAUUGGAUCCCUGUUAUUGUACACAUGGCUACAUUGGAUCCCUGUUAUUGUACACAUGGCUACAUUGGAUCCCUGUUAUUGUACACAUGGCUACAUUGGAUCCCUGUUAUUGUACACAUGGCUCCAUUGGAUCUCUGUUAUUGUACACAUGGCUAUAUUGGAUCUCUGUUAUUGUACACAUGGCUAUAUUGGAUCCCUGUUAUUGUACACAUGGCUACAUUGGAUCCCUGUUAUUGUACACAUGGCUAUAUUGGAUCUCUGUUAUUGUACACAUGGCUAUAUUGGAUCCCUGUUAUUGUACACAUGGCUCCAUGUUAUUGUACACAUGGCUACAUUGGAUCCCUGUUAUUGUACACAUGGCUACAUUGGAUCUCUGUUAUUGUACACAUGGCUACAUUGGAUCCCUGUUAUUGUACACAUGGCUACAUUGGAUCUCUGUUAUUGUACACAUGGCUAUAUUGGAUCCCUGUUAUUGUACACAUGGCUACAUUGGAUCCCUGUUAUUGUACACAUGGCUAUAUUGGAUCCCUGUUAUUGUACACAUGGCUACAUUGGAUCUCUGUUAUUGUACACAUGGCUAUAUUGGAUCUCUGUUAUUGUACACAUGGCUAUAUUGGAUCCCUGUUAUUUGGAGUCUUCACAUCGCCACAGAGCACUCAGCUGUCUGCAGUCAAGGAAAUCACUCUGCUGCCAUGGAAACCAUCUGCCCUCUGCUGCCACGGCAACCAUCUGCCCUCUAACAGGCCAACGAUUUGA